GUCCAGCACUCUGCUGGCCUCUCAUCCCAGUCUUGCCAGCAGGAAGUGUGACCAAGACCAGUCAUGACAACUUACAGCAACAAAGGACAGAAGCCUGAGAGAGGCCAAUUCCUCCACUUUCACUCCGUGACCUUCUGGGUUGGCAACGCGAAGCAGGCUGCGUCGUACUACUGCAGCAAGAUGGGCUUUGAACCCCUAGCCUACAAGGGCCUGGAGACGGGUUCCCGGGAGAUGGUCAGCCACGUGAUCAAGCAAGGGAAGAUUGUGUUCAUCUUCUCCUCUGCCCUCAACCCCUGGAACAAAGAGAUGGGCGAUCACCUGGUGAAACACGGCGACGGAGUGAAGGACAUUGCCUUCGAGGUGGAGGAUUGUGACUACAUCGUGCAGAAAGCCCGGGAACGAGGUGCCAAGAUCGUGCGGGAACCCUGGGUAGAGCAAGAUAAGUUUGGGAAGGUGAAGUUUGCCGUGCUGCAGACGUAUGGGGAUACUACACACACCCUGGUGGAGAAGAUGAACUACACCGGCUGGUUCCUGCCUGGAUUCGAGGCCCCAGCAUUCGUCGACCCCCUACUUUCCAAGCUGCCCAACUGCAGUCUCGAGAUAAUUGAUCACAUUGUGGGAAACCAGCCUGAUCAAGAGAUGGUGUCUGCCUCAGAAUGGUACCUGAAGAACCUGCAGUUCCACCGUUUCUGGUCCGUGGAUGACACGCAGGUGCACACGGAGUACAGCUCUCUGCGGUCCAUCGUGGUGGCCAAUUACGAGGAGUCCAUCAAAAUGCCCAUUAACGAGCCAGCGCCGGGCAGGAAGAAGUCCCAGAUCCAGGAAUAUGUGGACUAUAAUGGGGGCGCUGGGGUCCAGCACAUCGCUCUCAAGACUGAAGACAUCAUCACAGCGAUUCACCACUUGAGAGAGAGAGGCAUGGAGUUUUUGGCUGUUCCGUCCACAUACUACAAACAACUGCGGGAGAAGCUCAAAACGGCCAAGAUCCGGGUGAAGGAGAAUAUUGAUGUUCUGGAGGAGCUGAAAAUCCUGGUAGACUACGACGAGAAAGGCUACCUCCUGCAGAUUUUCACGAAGCCCAUGCAGGACCGGCCCACGCUCUUCCUGGAAGUCAUUCAGCGCUACAACCACCAGGGUUUUGGAGCCGGCAACUUCAACUCACUGUUCAAGGCCUUCGAGGAGGAGCAGGACCUGCGGGGCAACCUCACUGACAUGGAGACCAACGGGCUUGCGCCCGGAAUGUAGGCCGCUCUGGGCACGCCUGACCCACCGAGGCCCCGCCCACCUGCCGGCGCACGGUGGGCCACGCCCCCUCGUCCUAGAACGCGCCCACUCCACAGGCCCUGAACAGCGAGCCCUCCUUACUGGCCGCUCCCUUUAGACCCCGCCCACCAGCCGGCUCCGGGACCUCCCCGCCCCCCACAAGACUCCGCCUACCUCCUAACUCGCUCCCUCGGUUGGGCUGUUCAGUCUCCCGCCCUCCGGAAUAAAGCGGACUGGGGUCCAA